CCUGCUUUUCAUUGUGUGACCGGGAGGAGUGAGGACCAGCAGGACCAUGAGGGCCGUUCUGUACCGUCUGCUGCUGUUUGUCACCCUGCUGACAGCCAACAGUGAGGCUCUGAGGUGUUACACCUGCAUGGGCUCCAACAACGAUGACUGCAACCGUCAAGGCUCCAAAACGUGUCCCAGCUARUCUGAUGCCUGCACUGUAGUGGUCGGCCAUGACAGUGGCGUGAUGAAGUCCUGUUCCUACAAGACUUUCUGUAACCAAGCCAGUAGUCAUGGCUACCGAGCACCGGGGGUCAAAGUUCACUGCUGCUACAGUGACGACUGCAACGUUCGAGGCGUCGCCUCCCGGCUGCCUGGACUCAGCUGCUGGAUGCUUCUGCUGCUCCUGUUGGUGCACUGAUCCUCACAGAUGCCUGAGAACCGAAUCGAGUCAACGAGGAAUGCUUCUCCAUAAAAAUGCCGACCGGUACCACCUGUUUUCACCCCACAGGUCAUCCUAUCACUUCAAACUACUUUUGCAAUUUGCAUGCAUUUAUUUAUC